AUGGGGGGUUUCGGGACGCGAUGGCGCGGGCCGGGGCUUCUGCCAGAGGAGCGAGAGCGCGAAGACUUUUGGACCGUUGUGGCGAGGAGAGCAGAAUGUGCGGGGCCUUCGGCUCUGUGCGUGUAUGUCGAAGGAGCUGCGUUCGUUCGACCCCCUCGUUUGCAUCUGCUAAUGUCGACGUCAUGCGAUCGAUGCGUGCUCGUUGCUUGGCCUGAAUUGCCCUGGCCCGGGAUUGCGCGACCUCCUUUUUGGCCUUUAGUAAGGAAAGGAAUACUCGCUGUUUCAUCCUCCGACUCUUUCGGCCUCUCGAUCGACAACAUGCCAGACGAGUAACACUUCCAUCGGAAUGAUUGCAAGGCGUCGAGUAGUGGGAUGAGGUUGAUCGCAAAGAAUUUGAUACGGAGGAGAGGUUUUCUUCUCUUCGAGCGUUUGGAGGACGAGGAGAAGGUGAGUGUGUUUGCGUUGACAUCUGUGGCAGGCAGACGAGGGCAGCCCGCUCGCCCGGCCGCUGCGUUGAGUGGGAUCUGAGACUUGCCGAGUUUUGGAUUGAAGGCUUUCGUAGGCUGGACAUGGCAGCAUGCGCGGGUCUCACACUUGGGCAAUGACAGUUCGUUGCGAUCCUUCUGCCAUAUUUGCAAGGUUCUUGGUGGCCACCCACGGGCAGCAUCGUCGAGCGCUACAGAAUGUCUAAAUUAUUGUCAUAACGGGGUGAACGUUAUGCUGAUUUGAGCACUCGACAUUCCAUUGCUGAAUUUAGUCCGACAACGCGGUCGGUCGAGCUGGAGAUUUGUGGCAUUGAUUGCUGCAGCAGAGCGUCGGUCUCUUAAUGGCCCUCUUCUAACCACAUUCCAUAACUCCAAAUUUGAAAGAAAUUUGUCGGUGUCCGGUAUACCGUUUCGAGAUCAGUUGCCGUCCAUGCACAUGCAUGCUCUCGUGGAUUCUACAAGGUCUUGUUCUUAAAGCCCAUGACUCCCACUCGAGGUACGCUCAGGGCUAUGAAGUCUAGAAUCCGAAGCCUUCGAAAGACCACAUUCUCUCGCAUUCUAAUCAGAGUCCCUCAGUUGGACUCAUACAGCAAUCUUUAUGAUCUUAGUCAUGUCCAUAAAUAUGAACGAAUUCUACCACAGCAUUCUUUUCUGAACCCUUGAUCGAUGCUGGGCAGUCCUCAUAUUUCCUGGGAAUUCUCAUAGUUAAGGAAAUUAGCUUAGAUUCUGGAUUUUAUUAGGUUUAAUUUUCAGAUUGGUUAAGAAACAGAGUUCAUAGAUCUCCUUAUGAAUUUAGUCUAGAUUUAACUUACGUAAUUACUUUGAUCGCGUGUAGGUCUCAGAGAUUUAUGAAAGAAUGAUUUGUGCAGGAAGAAAAAAAAUAUAUGGC